UGGAGCCCAGAUUGGACCCAAGUGGAGGGAAGUCUGCUUAGCGUGAUUGGUUCUGCUGUACCUGUAGGCUGUGGUCCAUAGUUAUCAUAUAAGUAGAGUUUAGAAACUAUCUCUAUGUCCUGCACAGAGGCGUGUGAGAAGUUUUAGGCCCAGAUUCAUUCACCAUGACAUCUUUUAAUGGCACACCAGACAGAACGUAUGGCUUCAAAUGGGAGGUUACAGGCAAUCUGGAGCCGAGUGAUCUAUUUCCUGUCGGGUUUUCUAAUCUGAAAAUUAACUUAAAUGGAAGCGGUGGCACCACAGACCCUCCUGAGGAUUACAGUCCUUGCCUAGAUUUGUCUUCUGCUCUGAAAGUGACCCCACUGGAGCAAACAUGGCAUUUACAAAGUCCUUCAGUAGGCCUACGUCCUUUCCCUGAGCCUCAAGAGGACGAGCCAUCUUCGCCUCAAGUGGAUAGUCUGGAAGAAGGGGAAGAGAGUUUAGAUGAGGAGUUGUCCAGUGUGACAUUCAUGUCAAAGUACAUCAAUGAUUUCCCGCUGUAUCAGGACUACUCCCUACAAACCGUCAGAGAUGAGAUUCAGAAACUCAAGGACUGGUUUGUAGCUGACUCUGACCUGGUGAAAUGCGAGCCUUUUCGUGGUCGUUUGUUUCAAAGACCUAAAGUCCAUUUGGAGGUUGCGUCUCCCUAUCUGACCCCCGAUUCGACAUCAUCGUCUCCAACCAAUUUUCACGGCCGGCGGUCUGCUGUGAGACGCCACAGUCAUUCUGGAGUUGUAGCUGCUCCUCGGUCUCCUAGUCCAUCAAAUGAGCCCAGUGUUCAAGAGAGAGCUUCUUCUUUGAGAGUUGACAGGCACUCAGAGUUUAAAGCAGAGAUUCAAACUCUGAGUGCUCCAUCCCCAAAUCCACCGCCCAAUAUUAGGCUGACUUCUUACACGCUCUGGCAAGACUUGGAUGAGGUGAAAGCGUCGGGUCUGCUCAACAUGUUGACGCCCAAAGAGAUCAGCCUUCAGGAGUCUCUGUUUGAGCUGAUCGGCUCUGAAGUGUCUUACCUGAAGAGCCUCGGAGUGGUCGUCAAUCAUUUCUAUGCAUCAAAGGAGCUGAAGAAGACCAUUUCCAAACUGGAGCAUCAUACCCUGUUCCACAACAUUCGCCAUGUGAUGGAAGCAAAUACAAAGUUCUACCUGGAUCUGGAAGCUCGACUGGCAGAGAGCCUGAUAAUAUAUCAAGUUGGAGACAUUGUGCUGCAGCACUGUGGAAACUUCCAGCGGCACUAUGUGCCUUAUGUGACCAACAUGACAUACCAGGAGUCCCUUGUCAACCAGCUGCUGCAACAAAACAAAGACUUUGUCUAUGCUCUAAAGAAACUUGAGAGUGACCCAGUCUGUCAAAAACGGAGACUUAAAUCAUUCCUGGUCCUGCCGUUCCAGAGAAUAACUCGCAUCAAACUUCUAAUGGAGAGCAUCUUGAAAGCAACUGAGCCCAACUCUGAAGCAGCUUCAAAUCUUAAAAAGGCCAUAAAAGGCAUCCAUGAGAUUGUGUUUGAGUGUGACCAGAAGGUGGAGAAGAUGAAACGUUUGGAGGAACUCGUCCGCCUGGAACCGCUGAUGGACUUUGGUGACAUUAAGUCGGUCCCUCUGGUGAAAAGCACGCGUUUUCUGAUCCACCACGGAGCCUUGGCCACUGUGGAAACUUAUUAUUCAAAACUGUCAAUCACCAGAAUCUACCUCCAUCUCUUCAACGACCUCUUGAUCAUCUCCUCGAAAAAGUAUCAGCGCUUCACUGUGCUGGAUUAUGCCCUCUUCCCUGAACAUGUGACUGUUCUGCAGAAUAAAGUUCUGGGACUUCCUUCAGAAUCCUUCCUAUUAAAUCUGUCUGAGAGUCAGAUAGGACCUCCGACUGCCAUGAUACUGAUUGCAGAUGACAGCUUUAAUAAGGAAGAAUGGAUAAAGGCACUUUCUAAGAAGUAAUGGCGGUUGGAUUUGGAUUGUUUUUAAAAAAGAGAUACUUCUUGUACAUCUUUGACAAGUUUUGAUCCUUUUUUUUUUUUUUUUUUUUU